AUGCAGCACAGUUUCUUCAUCUUCCUGUACACAGGAGCUGAAUUUCUGCACGAGACUGGAAAGUACGCGGAAGUUCACGUUUGUUGUCCCUCCCUGUCUUCAGUUAAUAAACCUGUCAGUUUAGUCAUGUUGGAGCAGACAGGGAACGAAAAGUUUGUCGCUGAUAUGGACGGAUACACAAACACCGUGGACAAAAACGCAGAUAUAGUGAGUCGUCGUGGAUGGGGCGCCGUGCAGCCUCGGGAAAUGACAGAGAUGGAGAGUCCCGCGCACACAGUGAUCGUUCACCACACCGCCCUUCGGUUCUGCGCGCACCCGCGAGAAAGCGUCUCCGAGCUCGCUCACAUUCAGCGCAUGCACAUGCAGGAGCGGGAUUUCGACGAUAUCGGUUACAACUUUCUGAUAUCUGGAGAUGGGACUGUGUAUGAAGGCCGAGGAUGGGGGGUUGUAGGAGCUCAUGCAAAGGAACACAACGUUUAUUCUGUCGGCAUCGCCUUCAUGGGCAACUUCAAUGCUGAUUUGCCAAGCUCUGCGUCGCUGUCUGCUCUGCUGAGACUGCUGCACAUUGGAGUGCUUCUUGGGCAUGUGCGACCCAAUUUUGUGCUUCUGGGACAUAAAGACGUUGCAAAAACUGCUUGCCCUGGGGAAAAUUUAUACUCUGUCUUACCAAAACUAAGAGACCAAUUGCAAUUGUGAAUGUGAAAGUGUGUGACAGGUUUAUUUAUUCUCUAUCCUUUCUGUUUUAAAGCUGUGAAAAAGUAAUGAAUUAUUACUGGAACCAGUUCUGAGGACAGAAAAAUUAUGUUUAUCAAAUAGGAUUAUUAUCAUUGUUGUUGUUAUUGAAGAGGAUUCCUCUUGUUCAGAGCAUGGACCUUUUAUGACUGAAUUUAUAAUUCUAAAGUCGUUAUUAUUUUAUUUUAUGCACAAAAAAAUGUCUGUGUUGCAGUGACUAUAGCGUUGAUAUUCUGUGUCAGUGCCUCUUAUAUGAAGUUCAAUCAGGGAUUUUCUGUGUCUAAACAUAUUUAAUAUGACUCUUCUACUUUGUCAUUUACCUGAUGUGUCUUAUUUAAUCAUUUUUAACAAAUAUAAUUACUUUAAGUCUGUUUAGUAUUUAUUUAAGGUGUGUGUAGCAUGUGUAUGUGUAGCUGCCUUUGCACUGCUUGAUAAUAUGUAACUUACUAAUU